AUGGUGCACAAGUCACAGGUCCCACGGUCGUGCGAUCGGUGUCACGCCUCCAAAGAAAGAUGCAGCCGGCCAUCUGCUGCGAGCAAGUGCGAGCGAUGCGCACGUCUCAACUUUACAUGCACUUUAGAACGCAAUACCAAACGCCCCGGACGUCCUUUGAUGUCUGCUACCACGCGCCGUUGCCGCACUAGCACACAUACGCCGACACCCAGCCCAACGCUGCUGGCAACGGUUGAAGACAUAUCCAAGAGCAAGGCUUUCGAUAUUAGUGCAUCUGCAGCCAAACUUAUUGCUUGCAUAGGUGAUAACCGGGUGAUGGGCCGAUAUGUCAUCGGACCUAGCUUUUACGAAACCCAUCGGCAGUAUCUCGUCUCGACACUAUGCGCAGCGCCCCAGCGUCUCGCGGAUUCCUAUCUGGCGGCGGCGGCAUGCCAAUACGACGACCACUACCAGCCCGGCGGCGUAUCCAAAGAUACCAAUAGCACAAAACAAGAAUACAUAUUUGCCUCGUCCGCUGUAGCAGCAUUACGAACAUUUACAGUGAGAAAUGUGGAUGACAUGCGCGAUUGCUUGGUGCUUGGUGGCCAUAUCGUUACAUUUGCUCUGCGGCUACAGGUUGCGGAUUCACGCAGCAUAUGCCAACGAACGUUGGACCUUAUUAAGCCUAUCUACGAGGAUGAUGUCAUAAUGCAAAGUGCCGAUCCAGCCGUCACUGGCUUCCUUACGUCUCUCGUUCUCACAGAUGUUGCCGAGUCGUUGCUCUGUUGUCAGCCGCCAGCUUUAAGAUACCGGAAAUCGCUCACAAAUGCUCCCGCAGAUCGCUACGUUGGCAUCUCGACCGGCCUGCUGGGUCUCCUCUAUGACCUCGCAGUGCUUUCAUAUGAAAUGUCAUUGGAUCGGUCCAACGCGCGAGCUUCACACGCCCAUCAGACGGCCAUGCUGAAGCUAGAAAGCCUCGUUUCAAUCUGGGAGCCCGAGAUGCCACAGGGGUUCAUGUCCCAGUAUACGCCAAUGGAAAUAUCCCACAUGAUUUGCCAAGCUGAAGUGCUGCGGACGAGCGCACUGCUCAUUUUACAUCAUCUUCGGCAUCCUUUCCGGCGCCAAGAUCCCGUGGCAGAGGCCAUGUCGUCGCAAAUUCUGAACUUGCUGACGACGACUAAAUCAGCCACACAUUCAGUACCGAGAUGCAUCGAUUUGGCCCUGGCUAUUGCCUGUCUCCAGUACGCGGGCCAACCACGAGCAGCGGACAAGAUGGCGCAGCUAUCGCCCAUUUCCGGAUACUCCGACAUCUUCCUAGAGAGAUCAACUGCGAUGCUAGCCGCUUUCAACCAAGCAUGGGGCCCCAGCAGCGAAAUAUACUGGUAUGAUCUAGGCCGCAUAUUUCCCCUGCCGCAAUGA